AUGCGUCUUUUGCACGCCAAAACGCUCACUCUACACGAAUUCUCAGGCGGGGACGAGAUCCCACAAUACGCGGUUCUCUCGCACACAUGGGGCGCUCCCAGCGACGAGGUGACGCGCAAAGACCUCUCGAGCUGGACGUCGUGGUGUAAGCGGAAGGCCGGCUGGGCCAAGGUCAAGGGAUGCUGUCGGCAGGCCUUGACGGACGAGAUUGAAUAUGUUUGGAUUGACACUUGUUGCAUCGACAGGUCCGAUCCUGCUGAUGUGGCUGCGGCCGUUGAGUCGAUGUGGAAGUACUACACCGACGCGCGCGUCUGCUACGUGCAUCUAGCCGAUGUGCAACACGGCACGGGCACGAGCCCCGAGUCCCCCAACUCAGACUUUCGGCGCAGCCGGUGGUUCACCCGGGGCUGGACGCUGCCUGAGCUGUUGGCGCCGCUCUAUGUCAGGUUCUAUGACGCGGCUUGGAAGUACAUCGGUGCCAAGGCCGAGCUGAGCCAGACUGUCGAGGACGUGACAGGCAUCAGCGCGCGGAUCUUGCGCGAUCCGGGCGAGGUAGGGCGGCAGAGCGUCGCUUGUCGGAUGGCGUGGGUAGCCCGCCGGGAGACCGCGAGGAGGGAGGAUCUUGCUUAUUGUCUGCUGGGCUUAUUCAGCGUCAGCAUGCCCAUCGAGUACGGGGAGGGCCGGGCGAAGGCCUUUGUGCGGCUCCAGCAUCAGAUCCUUGCAUCGACCCGCGACCCAUCGAUCUUCGCGUGGGGUCUCCAGCUACCGCUGAGCGACGGGCGUAGGGAACGUAAAGUCGGUAUACUCGCGGAAACCCCUUCGGCGUUUGAGCAUUGCGCCCAAGUUGCACCCCUGGAUCGCGGUGAUGAUGAACCGGCUUUCGAAACAACGGGGACGGGUCUGCGGGUUCUGCUGCCGGUGCUGAUCGACGGACGGACCGGCACCGCUUUGCUGAACACCGAGUGCGUAGUGGAUGACUGCUGCGUGGUGCUGCCUCUCACGCGGUCGUCCACCGCGAGGAACGAGUUCGGGCGCGCACCCUACAGCAAACCCGUCCUCGUCCCCAAGACAAAACUCCAAGACUUUGCCGUCAGGCCCAUCAACAUGCAACUGCCCAGCAGACCACACGCCGUCUCGAGAGACAUGCAAGUGUCGAUCCACCGGUCGGAAGACCCGUCUUUCGAGCUGGUCGAGGUCUACCCUCCCAAUGCUCUGCAGGACAUACAGACGCCCCCGCCAGAAGCGGCCGAGAGCGUCAACUUCUACCUGGUCGACCUGCCGUGGGCCAUCCUCUCCUUCAAGACCGCGCGGGGGCACAGGUUCCUGGUCUCGCUCGAGAGGGGCUCGUCGUCCGCAAAGUCCGAACCGAGGGGUAUCAAUGUGCAGAUCGCAAGGGCGCCGAGCUUACGUUCUUCGGCGGGCGGCUCUAGUAGAGUGCCGUUCACCCUCGUUCAGCUUCUGCCUGUGUUCGAGGCCGCCCCGACCGUGGCGUGGGAGGAAGCCCUGGAUCUGGGAGGCCUUGCGGUUUCUUCCCAGGUGCACAUGCCGGGCGGGGGUAAUAACUUGCGGACUGUCAGGCUGCAUGCUCAGAGGACUGGUUCGGAAUAUGCGGAAUCGUCUCGGUCGAGCAUCUUGAAGAAGUCGGCAAAGCGAGUGGGGAGUUGGGGGAAGGAGAAGGGGAAGAAGUGA